UUAUUUUGAUUUUUCUUAUUUGUUCAUAACUUGUGGUUUUUCUUAACUUAAUUUUUAAAAAUAUUUUGCUAAAUAAACAGAUUAAAAUGUUAUGUCGUGCGAAAUUAGUUCCAAAUAGUUGUCUUUGGAAAAAACUAUUUUGUAGGACUUAUUUAUCAAAUGAAUUUAAAUGUACGAAUGAAUGGAGUUCAAGAUUAAAUGCUCCUUUCAUGCAGAAAUUUAAAUUGGAAUCUUUUUAUUAUGAUAUUGAACAAAGUUUUAAUUCACAAAAAAAGGCCUCCGCUAUAGAUGUCGACCUGUUUGCAAAUAAAAUUACACCGGAAGAUGACGAUCAUCACUUAGAAGAAAUUCGAGUUUUAUUGAAAAAAUUUAGGUUAACUGAAGAAGCAACAAAUGCUUUGGACUCAACGAGCCAUGCAGUUAUUCGAAGUUUUACUGAUGCGGGAAAAAUAACCGAUCUUAUUGAUAUCCUCGAUAAUCGACUGGAAUAUGGUGUUUUCUUGGAUGACUAUUCAGCAAGCUAUUUAUUAGAUCAUUUGAUUAAAACGGGGGAUUUCACAGCAGCGGCAAAAGUUUCCGCGCAGUUAAUGUUGCAGGAAGACUUUAACAAUGAAUUAUCGAGAGCAUUAGCUUUAUACUCUUUCUAUAAAUAUUUAGACAACCCUGAGCCUUUUUAUACAGAAAACAAAACUAACAACCAAGAAAGCCAAGAUAAAGAAGAGGUGAAAAAAGUGCGGGUAAAAUAUUUGCGAAAUGAGUUUUUUGAUAAUCACUUUGAUUUACGAGAUCAUUUUAUAAUAACUGGUAAAUCCUUGAACGCAAUUUCUAAAUAUUUGGACAAAAAUUUAACAUAUAGUAUAAGAUUGUUGGGAAACGUUUACUGCCGAAAAUUCGAUGCAUGUAUGGAGUUAUUAAAUUCAGACGAAGCUUUAUUUCAUAAAGAUGUAAUUGAAAAAGCUUUAAAGCAUUUAGAGAAAUUAGUUAGCGAAGAAAAGGAAUUACAAGAUAAUGAAGCAUUUGCGAACGUGCAUACUUCAUUAAAAAAUUUAAUUUCGAACAACAAACUCCAACAACAAAGUCUUUCAGAUGAUAUAGAGGUGCUUGUUAAACAAGCAGUGGCUAAAUUUGAAAAAAUUGAACUGGAGAAACAAAAGGAAAUAUAUGAAAUGUGGAAUAAACAUCGUGAAAUAAAGCUAAAUGAAGAAAUAGAAAGACUAAACCGUGUUAAGCGUCUUCAAGAAAUUGAAGAUUUAACAAAAGAAAUGGAAACCGAAGAACAAAAGUUGUGGUUCUUUGAAAAUGAAGAUAAAAUCGACUUACAAAUUGAUAGUAAAAAAGUUUAUUAUCCCAAGAGAUGGUUUGGUAAGAAAAAGAAACCAAGAGUCGUUGAUGAAGGAUAUGUUCCACCAGAAAUCGUCAAAACAAGAAAUUAAACAUUUUCACUUAGAUCAAAUAAAGGUUUUUCA